UUAGGUACAACUAAACCAAUUUUUCCAAGUCGAUGUAAACAGUACUUCAAGUUAUAUUGCAUAUAAUUUACAACUUUCAGGCACUUAGAACAUAUUUAUCCCCUCAAUCAUGGCGAUCCUCGUAAAACUCUCCUCGACUGUCCCCUUCGCCCUCACAAUUCUCUCAUUCUUCUCAAUCAUCGCCAUCAUAGAAUCAAAGUCUUUCUCCCGAAUUCUACCCCCAUCAUCCCUUGGGCUGAAGAGAGAGAAACUAAGCCACCUCCACUUCUACUUUCAUGACAUAGUCGUUGGCAAAAACCCAACCGCUAUCCGGGUAGCCAAAGCACCCACAACAAACGCCUCCUCACCCUUUGGUGCGGUGGUGAUGAUUGACGACCCUUUGACGAUCAACCCCGAUAUCAACUCCAAACUUGUUGGCAGAGCACAAGGGAUUUAUGCUUUAGCAUCACAAACUGAUUUUAGCUUGUUAAUGGCAUAUAACUUUGCUUUCAUGGAAGGGAAAUACAAUGGCAGCAAUCUUAGCGUUUUGGGGCGUAACUCGGUGUUUUCUCCGGUCAGAGAAUUGCCGGUCGUUGGUGGGAGCGGGGUUUUCAGGUAUGCUCGUGGCUAUGCCGAAGCAAGGACUCAUUCAUUUGAUUCCAAGACUGGGAAUGCUGUUGUGGAAUAUAAUGUGUAUGUUUUUCAUUAUUAAUAAAUGAGCUAAUCUGUCUGCUCUCUGAUUGGAUUUUUUCUCUUUUUAGAGCACUAAGUUUGCCUUUUGUUUGAUCACAUUUACGUCAAUAAAAGCUGUUAGGAAUUGAAUGUCACGUGACGUUAGAAUCCAAAAUUUGAUUAUUACAACUGAUGAUCAUGAUCAGUAAUGUGAUUUGCC